AUGUUGGAGGUAGCAUAUAGCCACCAACAACACACAACAUGGCCUGACCAGACUCGACAUACGCUCAAUAUGGCGAACCAGGCGCCGAAGAACAGCGUGUGGUCUGCGAUGGACUACAAGCCUCCCAAGGGCAAGUGUGGCUACAAAACAUCCAUCCUGUCUUCCUGUCCAUGUCUGAGAUUCAUGCUCCACCCGGUGAAGGCGGCCACCAGCUUUGACUGCGAUGGAUGUGGCCACCACGCUUCCUUCCACUCACUCGAGAACGAGUCCGAGGAUGCAGUUCUCAAAAAGUGGGCCGAGCAAGAAGCAAACAGCAAUGCCAGCCAGGCUGCGGGUCGUGCUAGCAAGAAGCGUCGCCGCAUUGCAGAGAAGCCUACCGAGGAAGAAGUCGAGAUCUUUGAGCUUCUUAGCGACGCCGAGGAGCCGGACUGGCUCAGAUCAUCUACUCGAAGCAAGGCCGCGAAGCAGCCGCAAAAACGCAGCAAUCUCUUCGGCACAGCACGCAAUGCUGGCGUCAAGUGA